AGAAAAAAGAGAGAGAGGGCAACAGCAUUUCCCAACUAUUACCUUUUCAACUUUUAUUUUUAUUUGCUUUGCUAGGCGCUCUUCUAUUCCAAUUGCUCUUUUUUGAGAAGAAUAGCAGCAACGAACUACUACAACCACUGCUGCUGCCGCUUUUACACCCUAUUCCCCACAAUAGUAGCAACGACAACAAAAGUACAAUUUAGACAGACCAAACUAUAAAGGGCCACUCACAAUUUUUCUUGUCAUGAAUUCGCCUUUACAACAAACAUCUCAGCCUCCUUUCACCGGCUACGGUUUUGAAAGCGGCAGAUUCUUCUCUCAGCAAUCGACCCCUCCAGACGAACCGUUUGACGAUGAGAACCAGCUUCCAACACCGGCUGAAUUCGACGCUAUCGUAAACAACUAUCUCAAUAACCUCAGUCCCAAAAAACGUGACAAAGCACUGGUCGAUCAACAGCGCUACCAGCUUAUCCAACAGGUCCUCAAGGAUCCACGAAACACCGCCAUUUCAACUGCCCAAUUUCGCUUUUGGGUAAAAAAGAUGUUCCAGCUCCAGCCUGGCACCAUUGAUCUGGUCUGUCAUGAUAGCAAGCCUGUUGCGAUGAAGGAACAGAUCUAUUCAAUAUUAGUCAGGGCACACAGAGAAGCACAUCACGGCGGUCGGGACAAAACAUCUGCCCUGGUAAAGUUGUUGGGACCUAGCUCGUUAGUUUUUGAAAUAUAUACAAAUACCAGAAUUUCUUUUACAGCGACAGCGAUAAAACAGGUCAUAAACGAGAUUGUUAACUUGGUUUCGAUCUAUUUCUACCACUGCUUACUACUAGGUGAGGCGAAAGUUCUCUUGGAUACCCAAAGAACUCGUUGCCAGAUUUGUGCGACAUUGUCCUUUUUGCAUAACUCGUCGUAAUGGCGGUCAAAGUCCCGGUGUAUUCACGCAUAAAUCCGCAACAAGCAG